GAGAGUGUUCUGUUUGCGCGUCCGUUUUUCGAGCAUUAUUUCAUUAUUGAUAUACAAUACAAUUUUCACUGCAAAUGACGCUUUCUGGCGUUUCAAUUUAAUGUUUUUAUUAAUAUAUUUCAUCCUAUAGUGACAGAUUCGUAAUAUUUGUAUUGUUUUUUAAUUUAAACAUUGUUCAGCGUGGCCGCGUCUCUUUUGAAUUUUUGAACUGUGAACGGGCUACGGGGACCCCAGUGUUCAGUUUGUGAGAGGAAUAUUUUGUGUUCCGUGUUUGCAGUGUAUCUAAAUUUUCUUAUUUUGAGGAGUUUUAUCCCCCCACAAACGGAACUGAACUGCAAACUAACCUGAAUUACCGACUGUGCAUUUCCGACCAGAAGACGGGCUUGGCUCGACGUUCAACGAUCAGAAUCACGGUUUGGUUUUGCCGGAGUUACUGAGCCGAGAUCUUGAAGGACUUGCAGGAUUCGGAAAGAGAGCCACUGUGGUGAUGCUUACGGCACAUUGUGGAAGCUAGGUCGGCUCUUCUGGCGGAAGUGGCGACGCACGCGAAAAUCGUCGCCGCAGGCAGACGAGCCGGACAGCGGUAGUGGCAGCGGAGCGGCAAGGAUACUAUGGGAGCGGGGGAAUGGGGGGCGGAGGAGGGCUACAAGCCACGGACCUCCGGCGACGGUUUGUGUCCCAGCGUUCAAGAAGUCGAAGAAAUUCACAUCUCCUAGAGCAAAAUGCUCCCCACGCAGAAGAAUUUUUUCGAUGCCACGGUGAUGAAUCACCUGUCAUCGAAAGUUCCAGUGAACCAACAUGUAUUGGAUAUAAAAGAAAGAACGUUGAGGAGGGCGAAGAGGAAAUUUCGGACGAUACCUUGAGGUUGAGCGAUGUGGCGACAUCAGAACUGAAAUCCAGACUCUCGGUUGGAAACUUCGGAGACCUGGAGGACAAUGAUGAAGGUGAAAAUAGGCGGAAGGGUAAUAACGAAAGGCGGAACCGUCUCCGGUGGUACUUUAAAGACCUUUGGCGAAUCGUGGGAAUGGCAUCUAGGACUCUGUUCCUCGGUGUUGUGCUUCUCGUUACUCCAGGUCUCUGUCAUCAAGACGCACAACACAUAACGGCAAUUUUGGGUGAGAGUGUGGUCUUCAACUGUCAUGUAGAGUUCCCUGAGCAGCAUCCAGUGCCGUACGUUCUCCAGUGGGAGAAGAAGGUAGGCGACACGGAGAUACCAAUCUACAUAUGGUACGAGUCGUAUCCAACCCACAGCGGGGAAGGUUAUGAGGGGCGUGUCUCCAGAGUGAGUCCCAAAUCACCGUAUGGUGACGCGAGUCUCAACCUGACUAACAUCCGAGAAACCGACCAGGGCUGGUACGAGUGCAAGGUUGUCUUCCUCAACAGGCCUCCUAACACCCAUAAGAAUGGAACAUGGUUUCAUCUCGACGUCCAUGCGCCUCCUAGAUUUAGUAUUACUCCUGAGGAGAUAAUCUACGUAAAUCUAGGAGAUGCGAUAAUUCUCAACUGCCAAGCGGAAGGAACGCCGACACCGGAAAUCCUAUGGUAUAAGGACGCCAAUCCCGUUGAAAUAUCAACGACCAUCGGCAUCUUUAACGACGGCACAGAACUGCGAAUUUCGACCAUCAGGAAUGAAGAUAUUGGCGAUUACACGUGCAUUGCGCGAAACGGCGAGGGACAGAUCAGCCACACAGCUCGAGUUAUCAUUGCAGGUGGUGCUGUUAUCAUGGUUCCUCCGACGAAUCAAACAAAGCUCGAAGGAGAGAAGGUGCAGUUUUCCUGUGAAGCGAAGGCUCUACCGGGUAAUGUAACAGUUCGAUGGUUUCGCGAAGGUGCAUUGGUAACGGAAGUAUCGGCCUUGGAUACCAGAGCCUCUGUCAGAAUGGACGGUAGUCUUGUCAUCAACCCUGUUAGUGCUGAAGACUCUGGACAAUAUCUAUGUGAGGUCACCAAUGGAAUUGGAGAACCGCAAACAGCUAGUGCUUAUUUAAAUGUUGAAUAUCCAGCUAAAGUUACCUUCACACCGACCGUCCAGUAUCUACCUUUUCGUUUGGGGGGCGUCGUUCAAUGCUAUGUCAAAGCCAAUCCCCCUGUACAGUAUGUGACUUGGACCAAGGACAAGAGGCUACUAGAACCGUAUCAAACUAAGGAUAUUGUAGUCAUGAACAACGGCUCUCUGUUGUUCACUAGAGUCAACGAGAAUCAUCAGGGAAAGUACACUUGUACACCUUAUAAUGCUCAAGGCACGCAUGGUAGUUCAGGACAAAUGGAAGUCCUUGUACGAAAUCCGCCAGUUUUUACAAUUGAACCCCAACCAACGUACCAGAAAAAGGUUGGAGAAACCGUAGAAAUGCACUGCGAUGCUCAAGAAGGAGAAGGCACACAAAAACCCUCCAUUACAUGGCAGAAGAAGGAUGGCACUGGAAUCCAAAGAAAUCGGGCGAAAAUUAUCGGUGGUAAUUUAACUAUUGAAAGUCUCCGACGUCAGGAUUUCGGCUAUUAUCAAUGCGUUGCCUCAAAUGAAGUUGCGACUAUUACUGCAUCAACGCAGCUGAUAAUAGAAGGAACCCAACCCCACGCUCCAUUCAAUAUAACUGGCUCCGCAAGUGAAUUCUCAGUAAAUUUGUCAUGGUCUCCAGGUUACUCAGGAGGACCAGAUUACAAGCAAGACUACACUGUCUGGUAUAGGGAAGCUAAUACAGUGGAGUGGACUACGAUACCAGUAACACCUUCUGGUAGUACGUCUAUGCCUAUAAGCAAUUUAACACCUGGAACCGCCUAUGAGUUUCAAGUUUUUGGAAAGAACGCUCUUGGCGAAGGAGUGCAUAGCAACAUUUUUACGAUUAAAACACUCGAUGUUACCGUUGUCGGACAUACGAUUCAUCCAACUGCAGUAGCGACGGAACAAAGCGAAAUUCUAGAUUAUAAUUCCCUCGUAUUUCCGACUGAUUCGACAGGAAACACACUAUACCCACGAAUCAUGAAGCCUAAAGGACCGAAACCAGGUCCACCGAGGAAUGUAACAGUCAGAGAGGAAGAGAAUGGUUUUAUUAUUUCGUGGCAACAUCCGGCGGAAAGAAGCCACCUUGUCAUGUACUACACUAUUAGAUACAGGACAGAUGGACCUUGGAAGGAUCUGAACAAAGCACGAAUCCGACCCGAAGAUACUUUUUACUUAGUAAAAAAUUUAGUGGGAGGAAGAACCUACCACUUUCAAGUCUUUGCCAAUUCUUCAACAAAUUAUGGAGCAAGUGAGGAGGUAAAAUUCCCAGUACCGGCACGAGUGAAGCACAAAGCGAUAACCGCUGGUGUAGUAGGCGGUAUUCUAUUCUUUAUCGUAGCCAUCAUACUCAGCAUAUGCGCGGUAAAAAUAUGCAAUAAACGGAAGCGACGAAAACAGGAGAAAGAACUGCUUUCAGCGUAUAACAUGGUGGCCUGCCGGGUCACUGAUGCUCGUAACGGCGCAGGGCAGGGGCCCCCGGGAACAGUGCCUUUAAAAAAACCUAGAAAGAGCCGAAUACCAGGUCUAAGUCUCUUACGGGAAAUACUGAAUGCUGAUACACCAGACUCAUCCCGAGGUCGUCCCCUUGGUAAAAUUUCACGGGCUGCUGAUGGUCGCUUUGUCAUAGCGGAUUCGGUACUGAGCUCAGCUAACAACAGUAUCCUGGACGCCUCAAGUAGCGACGACGGUGGUUUUCUGCCUAAAACCAAACUGAAGUCCUCCUGGAGGCAACCGCUGGUUGGUUUGAGUCAGCUGAGUCUCAGGUCCGACGGAAGUGGUGUUUCGAUAGGCGUCGUUCAACCUGGACACCUCGGCACUGUAAUGCCCCUAGCCAGGCAGCCAGCGAUAUGCACAAUAUCUUCACCAAGGUUUCUGGCGAGCUCGCCCAGCGGACCCCAGAUUCCGUGGACGCCUGUUUACCUGAGUGACCUCAGCUCCGUGCGACAACCAUCCACGGGGGAACGCUCCUUUCCAACUCCACCUGGUUACAUUCAACUGAGGACUGUCCAUCAGCGCUACAGCCAGGAGCUGCCGUCGCUUAAAGCGAUUCAUGCCGAAUCGAGGAGGUUCGUACCCGUUCAACCCCUAGCCACAUCCUCACCGCCACAAACAGCUGGAAGACAAAGGGCCAGGCUACCACCGAGACACGCCAGACAUGCUAGAUCGGCACCCGAACUAGCCGCCUCACCUGAUCUUGAGACGUCUCCGGAAAGCAGGUCCAGCAGUUCCGGCUUUGGCAGCAAAAACACAUCACAGCAGAAUCAGAGUUCCAGAAGCGGUAGCACAGUAGCAGAGUGGAGGCCACCUCCUUACAGACCACCACCACCUCCGCUUGUAGGGAGAUGGUUGGAGCUUCAGAACCAGGGUUCCAAGGUCUCUCACACUCAUAUCCAAAACACGGUUGAUGCCGGGAGUGUCGAUGGUCACUACGAAUUUGACCCAGUGUCCUGCACACCGACACCCACAUCUGCCUCCACGCCAACAAGAGAAGAGCGACCUCCGGCUCAUCAAAUGCACACGAUACAUAUGCCGCAAAUACAUCAGGUCCACACAGUUCAUCACCAGCCGGCGAGGUAUACACGGGACAAUAUCGAGGCCAGAGUUCAAGCGAUGAAGGCCGAAUUUCAUCAGUUCCGUCAGAGACAAGCCAGAAGAAAACAAAGUGUUCACUUGGAAAGCGCUUGUUAAUCUUUGGUGCUUGUCACACUGUUGCUGUUACAACUCUGCUAGGUUUUUAAAGAGAAAAGGCUGCUGUUCGAUACUUGGCAUAUGUCCAUUGUCCACCUGCCAGAAGUGACCUGGAUCUAAGACAUGUUCUUAAUAACGAUGUGCGAAGUAUCUAAAUAUGUAAGGAUUUCACAGUAGAAUUUGUUACUUGAGGAUUCAUGGAGAGGGAGACUCGUUAAAAUCAGUAUAUCCAUUAAACGAAUGAAAUGUUUUCGACGGCUUAGCGAAAAUAUUUCUAAUCGCAAACGGACAGGAUAUAUAGAUGCUCCAAAGAAACUGUACCGUUACGUACUGUUACGUACUGUAUAUCUUUUAACGACAAAGUCAUGAUAACCUAAUCGUAAACUGUAAGUAAUAAUUAUUAAUGAAGAAAAAAACACUCAAAUAAUUAAUGAUGAGCAAUGGACUCUAAACGUGAUAUUAGGCCGAAGCUUGCCUCGAGAUUGCUUAAGGACUCACUCGUAUUGCACUGCCUGUCUAGGGUUUCGCUAGCAACCCAACAUAUUAUCGGCACAAUAAUUUUUCUUAAGCAACGUAACGAGAAUAAGUAUCGUUCUUUGAAUGUAUCGCGAGGUCGCACUGUGGCGAACGUGGCGCCUUUUUCUGACGUGGUUUGUGGGACUAUAUAUCAGCCUUGUGAUGAGUCAUGCAUCAUUUUCACGUGCCAUCGAAUACGAAUUUUUAGACGAUCUUAAAUAUGCAGUUAAAAAGUAUAGGAAAAUUCUCGUCAGCCGUCUAGUCGACUUACGGGUUUUUACUCGUCGGUAAAUUCUCAUCGAUCGGUAAAAUAGAACAUGUUUGCCCAAGUGCGAUUCUCUCGAUCUUUGUAUACUCGAAAAUAAGGAGAGAAAAGCAGACCUCUAAAGGUACAUGAAAUGUUCUCAGUAACCCACCUAAUUCUCACCAAACGCAUUGUAUCAAAUCAUCAUCGAGGUGAAGUGGUAGGCAUGAGCAUUUUUGGGAUACGAGUUUAUUUAAGAAUAAACUUUAUUUGUGAAUUAUAUAUCUUUUCUUUGAAAAUAAUUCACAUUCUAUGGUUUCUGUCAAUUUCUUUUUGGAAAAGUCUAUCGAUUUCUUACCUUUAUAGAACUUUUCAUUUGAUAAAAAUCUCUGUUUUGUCAAUAUCUCAAAAGUUCUCGAGCCACCGCAUCCACGAACCUCAAGUACAUUUUACUUUCUUUUCAUAGUACAAAUAAUUAUUUAUAUAAAUAUACAUACUAUCGUUAGUAAGUAAUUAGCAAAGACUCUACUCACGAUUCAACUAUACUUGGUAUAAAAUAAAAGAACUGUACAGUCCUGCAGGAAUGCAACCUGUAUUAUUAAGAAGAGUGCAAAAGUGAACGAAUGUGUGAGUGAAAGUUUUAGAAGAAACACGAAGAGCAAUUAUAGUUUAAAAAAAUAAAAUAAAACAGUGAUUCAACAAACGGAGGUGACACAAAGAGUACCAAUAUUCUAAAGUAAUUCUAAUAAUUGAAUUAACAAUUUGAUAAUUAAUUGAUAUUGUAAAUCGUAACGAUGUAGCGUGUAGUGAAUUAAUCAACGAUAUGACGAAGGCAAGCAAAAGCCCGGAGAUACCUUUUUAAUAUGAAACGACCGAGGGUACUCGGUCAUUGCUGUUGUAACAUAUUAAUUAUUAAUGCAUAAUUAGUGAUAACGUAUACUGAAUGUUUGUGAAUGUCACACGCAUUUCGACCCUUUACCUGGAAAGAAUUGAACUUUUCUAUUUAUUUAUUCUGUGCACAUUUCAGAUGUGUUUAAAAUAUAUUGGAAGACAAAUAUUGAUUUUGUGAAAAUAUAUUAAAAGAAAAUAUAUUGAGAGCAAAAGUAAUGUUACUUAUAUGAAAAAUACUCUAUUUUCCAAUUAAUUGAGAUACUAUUUUGAUCAAGGUGAUGAAUCUUGUUAUUACUAAUUGUUGCUUUAUGUCGUUUUAAAAUUGUAAUGAGCCGUAAAAUUGGUAGUUAUAUUUAUUUUAUUAGUUGACGUAUCAUUUCGAACAAGUGUAUGAUUGUAAUUUGUAAAGGGUCGAUAACCGAUGUGUAUGAAAGCAAUGUCAGCUGGAAUGAAAUGAAACUAAAAUAGAGGUGUAUAUUACCGUAAUGGCUAAGCUAUUUUAGUAAAUUUACCAUUAAAUUGUUCAACUCUACCUAAAAUAUCCAGUUUUCGAAGAAGAAAGUGAUUUAAAACUAUAAACUUGUUUAAUUUGAUAAAUAAAUUAAGACUUAAUGCGCUUUUCUCAUAACGAGCACUGACUAAUCGUCUUUAGCUUCUUCGUUAAAAACUAGAGUUCAAUCAUGUAAAUAAAUAUUGCAGAUAGAAUCACAGAUGCAUUGAACGCUCAGGAAAUUCACGUCGCGUAGUAAUAAUCGUGUAAUGCACAAUUUUUUAAAUUUAGUAACUAAUUACGUGAAAGACGUACGUAUGAAUUUUGGAUUACGACGUGCGAAUUGUACAUUAAUAUUAACCAGCACCAAUUUUACGGUAAUUUACAUCACUAGAAAAUUAAGCGUCGGCCGAGCGCCUCCAUCAGCCGUCGCCACGUCUAGAUAAGCGAUAAGCGUGUAAGUAACAUGUAGAUAUAUCAUAGUUAGAUACCUGCAACGAUCUCAAAUGACGUGGAUCGCUUAUGGAACCUUAUGGUUACUGUAUUAAGAGUACAUGUGCGUAAUUACAGACGAAAUAUGCAUAGAGUAUCGAGCAAGAAGAACGGCUAUGGUUGAAUCGUGAAUCGGUUUUGAUCAUCAUUCAAAGUAUUUUAUAUUUAAUAUUUCUGCGACUUGGUUUGAUCGAUAUUUUUAGUAAUUUUCGACAACAGCUGUCUUUUUUUAUUCAACUUUUCACCAACGCGACGGGUGUUUUGUUGUCUAUUUGAUCGCUUUGACCACCUCGGUUAUCUUUCGUACGGGCGAUGUCCAUUUGAUCUCCGUCUGUCCGCUUGCUCUACCCGUACUAUCCAAUAUCCACUGACGCAGCUGAAGUUAAAAAUACAAAGCAUACACAUUUAUGUAUUUUGGAAACAGCAAAUUAGAACAAUUGUAUUCAAAAUUUACGGUUUUUGGGGAUUUAAAUUAUGUGUUAAUUUUUUUAAUAAGUUGCAAAUAGAAUCAGUGAAAUGCUCGUUACAAGUCAGCUAAGUUUAAGCUACAAUUGCAGAAUAUUGUAUAGUAUAUUGUAAAAAAUGCUUCC